AUGCGCGGUGCUUGUUCUUAUUCUGUUCAUCGCACCAUGACCGACGCGCUAAAGGCCAAGCCGCGGAUCCAGUGGGACGAGGAGACGAUCGCGCUCCAUGAUCUGGACCGCGGGACACGCAUGAAGAUCAACGAGCCCAACACCCCGUACCACUACUACGAGGCCGAGGAAGACCACGGCAGCGCGAUCCCCGUCGCCAUGACCGACGUCACGCUUGAGCUGCACAAUGCGCACCCCGCGCACGCAGAGCCCUCCAAGCCGGCUUCGUUGGCGCCCAUCUCGCCCGCGCGCAGCGCCUCGAACGGCUCGGAGCUCAAGUGGGACGAGCUCGAGACGAAGCUUAAGGUGCAGGAGAAGCGAAGCGAGUGGGACUCGGACUCUGACACGGGGUCGCCCAAGAAGAAGGACUUUUCCAAGAAGCGCAAGCAGCAUUACAACGAGUACGAGAUGAUGAAGCAGUGGCGCCAGCAGCACCAGGAUGAUGCGAACGACGACGACGAAGACGCGUAG